AUAUUAAAGUUCAAGCAACAAAACACGGAUGUUCAAAAAAGGUAAAAUAUUUUAUUUUUAAUACAUAUUUAAUUCCGAUCAUGAAACUUACAAACCUAGUCAAUUGUUCGAAAUAAACGAAGCAAUAUCUACUUAAAUUAUCUAUUCCACAUAUUUGUUCGGUAAAAAAUAAUGUUAAAAAAUAAAGAUUAACCCUUUAUGUAUUUUCUAUAAAUUUUAUUUCUUGUUCAUCAAUUCUUUCGAAAAAAAAGCAAUUGAUCAAUCAAUUUAUCUCUACAAUAUUAUUUUCCAUUUAUAUAAAAAAAAACCAAAUAAAUAAUUAAAAACAGACAUUAUUAUGAAGUGAUUGUUUUUAAUAAUUAAACAGUAUAUCCGAAUUCGAUGAACAUUCUUGAACAUAGCUUUUGUAUCGUCUAUAUAGAAAGGGGUCGUGACGCGUCGUGAGGAUUCGUUGCUAUUCGCAAGCCAUCGCGUGUGUGCGUUGCGCGGAGCAUACAUAGGGCCUAUAUAUCGUGCAGGAAUCGAGAGCGUCGAAACACGAAGCGAGAUCAGACUGACUUUACGAAAAUCGAUCGGCGCUCAUCGUCGUCGGGUUAGCGACGCCUGCAAAGCGUGUCCAUUGCAACGACGCGGUUACGAGAAAGCACCGCUGACCGGCUCUCUCUCUUAUCGCUCUCUGUCUUGCUCUCUCUUUUCCUGCCAGAGAACAACCCUCCAAAUGUCGAGAAAGCUUUCGCGUUCUCUGAAACGGACAAUCAAUCAGUUCGCGAAACAGUGCAAAAGAACAGUGUUCGCGUAAACGAAUUCGCGUGAAAAUUCUUCUAUCUCAUCCCUUUAUAAUUGGUCAAAAUCGGGUAACGGAUGUUGUCCAAAAUCCAAAAAGACAUAAACGGAGAAACGAAGAAGAAGAGAAAUGAGUUCCUUCAUGGUACGAUGAAAAGCUUCCAUAGUAAAAGCUCGUCAAAUUUGUAAGGUAUAUUAUUCAUCCUUGAAAAUGAUGAUUUUUGUCCAACGAGGGUGUAAGGAAAAUAUAAAAUUAUCCUUUUAAUCGUUAUCAUUAUUGACAAAGCGUCUGUGGGUUAAUAAGAGCCGGCACUUUUAACACUCGUGAAACGACAAUAAUUUUGAACACGUUUGUACACGACCUACUAAACUACAAUCCAUCGAGACACAUCAAACUUGAUUCCAAUUACAUUUUCCAACCUCCCAAAUCAAUGCAAGCAAAUUAAUCCAAAUACGAAAGCUUCCUUAUUAUUCAACUGGACUCGACAAAGAUGAAGAUGAAUACGAUGAUGUCAACCAGAAUAACGUAAAAAAAAAAAACCUUCAAAUAUCUGUAUCGUAUUUUUAACACGAAAGUUUUCAUUUACAAACGAUCCGUUCUCGAUGUACGCUUUAAACAGAGAACGAACAAAGGAAAUUCGACCGAAAGGUUCCUACAGCAGUAGAAUUAAUCGGUGAACGAGUCCUGCGCCCUGUCCCUUUAUCAUUACUCCAGAGAAAGAGAAAGAGAGAAGAACGAAGAAAGUUGAGGCAUCGUACAUUUGUCGAGGACAUAGCACACGAAACGGAGGAGGUGGGAGGAGGCCGUCUACCUCUCGACGUGGAAUGAUAAUAAAGGAGAACCACGGGACAGACCGGCACAGGGCGACAUUAUGCAAAGAGCGGAUGUGAAUAUACCGAAUUUACCCCUUAGAUCAUUCCCCCUUGGAAUGGCGAUAGGGGUCCUGGCCGAUAUCGCGAUCAAACUCAUCAUCAGUGGCUAUGUACUCGCCGUGGUCGUGUAUGUGAAUGCCACAGGAAACUGGGAUAAGGACGAUGAUUUAGUCGCAACUUUUGAAGUCAGUGCCGUUCUUGGACGUACCGCUAGAUUGCCUUGUGACAUUGAACCGUCCACGCGUGAAGAUCGCGUAUACAUGGUGCUUUGGUUUCGCGACGAUGCUGUAAAACCAAUCUACAGUUUUGACGUCCGAGGAAGAUCAUUUAACAAAGCUCUGAAUUGGUCGGAUAGCACUGUGGUUGGACCGAGAGCUUACUUCGUCACCAUGACAAAACCAGCCACUCUUUCUCUAGAAGCUGUUCAACUGGACGAUGAAGGAAUCUAUCGAUGUAGAGUAGAUUUUAAAAAUUCGCCCACAAAAAAUUUUCAAGUGAAUCUCACAGUAAUAGUUCCACCCUAUCAACUUUUAAUUUACGACACUUCUGGUGUAGUGAUAGGGGAUACCGCAGGACCAUUUCAAGUAGGUGUCGAGUUUGGUUUAUCUUGCGAAGUAAGGGGAGGCAAACCAACACCGGUAGUCAGUUGGUUGGUUAACGAGAAAGAAGUGGAUAGUAAAUUAGAAGAAAUUGGAAAGAAUUUAGUUGUCAGUAAAUUAACAGUACCUCAAUUAAGAAGAGAACAUCGUAAUACCACGUAUAAAUGUCGAGCCUGGAGCACAAAUCUUAUACCUCCAUUAGAGAAAAGCAUUCUUUUAGACGUUUAUCUGAAACCACUAUCAGUGAAAAUUUUAACGAAACCAACGAUUCUAGAGACGGAAAAAGAUUACUCCAUCACAUGUGAGACUACGGGGUCGCAUCCUCAAGCACGUAUUACUUGGAUGGAAGGAAACGCCAUUUAUCACAAUGGCAAAGUACUCAUUGGAGGUAAUACUUCGGUGGUCAUAAGUACGCUCAUAUUUUCACCGAUCCCGGAUGACCAUGGAAAGAUUCUCAAAUGCCGAGGAGAAAAUCCAAAACUGCCAGAUGCAUAUCUAGAAGAUUUUUUUCAAUUAAAUGUAGUUUUUCCACCUAAAGUACAAUUACAUUUGGGCAGUACUUUAAAUGCAGAAAAAAUAAAAGAAGGUGAUGAUGUUUAUUUUGAAUGCAAAGUUCGGGCUAAUCCAGAACACCAUAAAAUUACGUGGAGACACAACGAUAUGAUAUUAACACAAAACCAAUCGGCUGGAAUAAUUAUGAGUACCCAGAGUCUUGUGCUGCAAAAAAUAGGUCGUGAUAAUGCCGGAAAUUAUACAUGUCUUGCAAGUAAUGAUCGAGGUGAAACUACAAGUCCAAUAGUAACUUUAAGAGUACAAUUUGCACCUGUAUGCAAAGCAAAAGAAGUAUCCGUUAUUGGAGCAUCAUUAGAAGAAUCAGUAAAGGUUCGUUGCGAAGUGGAAGCUGAUCCUAACAAAGUAGAAUUUGUUUGGGAGUUCAACAAUAGCGGUGAAAAUUUCGAAGUCGCACCAGCAAAAUUUGAUGAUAAUAAUGGAACAACUAGUGAACUUAUUUAUACUCCAGUUUCUGAAAGAGAUUAUGGAGCUUUAACGUGUUGGGGAAGAAACGCGAUAGGAAAGCAAGAAGCACCUUGUAUCUAUCAAAUCAUUCCAGCAGUGAAACCAAAUCCUUUGAAUAACUGUACAAUAAAAGCAUCCCUAAAUCAAAGUUCUGAAAUCUUGGAAGUAGAAUGUGUACCAGGAUAUGACGGUGGAUUAAGACAAGAAUUUCGAUUAGAAGCAUACGAAGUUCUUACUGGUAAUUUAAGAGUAAAUGCAUCAAGUGUAUCCGCAGAUGUACCGAUAUUUAGAAUCGCCGUAGCAGAUCUUCUUCCAGCGACCCAUUUUUACCUUGUUACUUAUGCCGUAAAUGCAAAAGGAAGAAGUGAAGUGAGUCUAUUAGAAGAUAUUAUGUUGAGAGACUCUGAAAAGCAUACAGAUAGCGGAGUGAGUAUGGUUCCUCUUAUUUUGCUUCUUAUUGGUUGUCUGAUGGCAUUUGGUGUCACUGUAUUGUCGGUGAUGUUGAUGAUGUAUCGACGCAGAGGUACUACUUCUCCGGUUCACAUUGAGCCCUAUAUGAAACAACCAAUAAUUACACCUCCAGAUUCGAGAAAUAAUUCCAUGCUUGAUGUCACACACGGAGAUCAUACUUAUUUCGUUGAAUAUACAUUAAAACAAGUUACUGAUUAUGCGCUCAAUAAUCAGCCAGAUAUCAUACAAUCGCCGCAAGAUCAAGAAAAAAUAAAACGUGAAUCACAAUUAUUUUUACCUGUACGACCAGAUACAUUAUUUGCACCAUACGAUAUUCAUAAACAAGGACUUCAAAGUAAUAGAUGCAGCUCAAAUCCAUUCUUCACAAAGUCUUGGGAACCUAUUAGUUUUAAAGCAGAUCGUAAUUUAAUGAAAGAGAUCAUUAUUGCCAACUCUAUACCUGGUCCAGAAAGUUGUGUAUAAAAAAUAUCUUUAAAAAACGAACGAGCCGAACAUAUCAAGAGGACCGAUAUUACAAAGCCUAAAAAACAAUCGUACUGAAUAAUUAUAUUGACAUUGAAAACGAAUGUCAAAUGAAUUGCAACUGGUCUUCUUGUCGAGUUGGUGUAAAUUGCACGAUGGAUUGGCACAGUACGAAUAUUACGACGUACAUAUUACACUGCUUACAAAUCAAAUCAUUGAAAAAUCUAUGGAACUGACAAAAUUUAGGAAACGUCAAGACUAGUUGCAUAUUAACUAAAUGCUACACAUGGUGUAUUAUUCCAAGUUUAAUAUAUUUUGUGUCAAGUCUUA